AUGGCCAAGAAACUCAUUGUGAUUGCCGGUGCAACGGGCAAUCAGGGUUCCGCGAUCGCCCGUGGAUUGAUUAAAACGGGAGACUGGCAUAUCCGCGCCGUGACCAGGAAUGUGAAUGGAGAGAAGGCAAAGAAACUCGCUGCUGAGGGUAUGGAGGUUGUCCAGGGUGACUACAAUGAUGAAGAAUCUAUGAGGAAAGCCUUCGAUGGCGCGCAAGCCAUUUUUGCGGUGACCAACUGGUGGGAUGGUCUCUUCAGGGGCCACAGUCUGACUGAAGCUGGUGAUAUCGAACACGCCCAAGGUAUCAUGCUCGCGAAGUUGGCGUCUCAAGUGAAUACAUUAGAGCAUUAUAUCUGGAGCACAUUGCCAAACGGGGAAAAGAUUACCGAGGGAAGAAUCCCUGUUCCCCAUUUUGACUACAAGGCUCGAGUCGACGACUACAUCAAAGAAACCUUGCCAGAGCUGGCUGCUAAGACAACCUUUCUCAUGUUUGGUUUCUAUCCAUCCAACCUUGCGUUUUUCUCUAUGUUGAAGCCAGUGCCAGUAAACAAUGCUCCAGGAAAAUAUGUUUGGAUGCUUCCAGCACCUCCUUCCACUCUUUAUCCGAUGGCUGGUGACAUGAGUAAAGACCCAGGUGUCUGGGCAAGGCAAAUUUUGGCUAACCCCAAGCUAUCACAUGGCAAGUACGCCGCCGUAUGCACCGAGGUUCUCAGUCUUGGGGAGGUACUCGCAACAUGGUCUGAGGUUUCAGGAAAGCAAGGUAUAUAUGUGGAGAUAAAAGAUCACAUUCUCGGCGAUCUGUUUGGUGUACCCGGAGAGGAGUUUCUUACUGGAGUUAAAUUUGGUGUCGAAGUGCCCGAUUGGUGGGUGCAAGCUAAGAAGCAGGGUCUCUUUCUCACCAUGGAAGAUCUGGGUAUCUCAAGAGACGAGGUUUCCGGCCUCAGGCAGAGUCUGGAGGCUGUUAAAGAGUUUUUGGGUUAG